AAAACAAUAUUUCUUGUUAUUUCAUAUGAUUAAUAUUCAUAUAAUUAAUACAACGAUCGAUACUGUAAUUAUGUUGGUAUCUGACUUAAUUGAGAUUUCCUGAUUUAUUUCAAAAAUUUAUAUUCCGAUAGAAAGUAUUAAGAGCCAUUUGUCUUAUUCCCCGAUAAACUAUGUAAUAAAUUACCUAAUAGAUAAACGACUAUGCCUACACAUUCAUUAUGUGCAAAGGAACGCCCGGCCAUUGGAAAAGGAAACUUUUAACAAUGCCCCGAUGAUGAUCUCUCUUUAAUCUCAUUACUUUUAAAGCUUCGAAAUGAUCCCGCGUUCCGAUACGGUAACUAUGGCUGCGUACCGAUAUUCACUGCCAGUACGGAAGGUCUAUAGUUUACGUCACGUACACUGUAGAAUUUCAGUACUGGCAGUGAAUAUCGGUACGCAGCCUAUAUACAUGUGUUGCAAUGCGCGGCGGUGCCUUAAACGCGCACCGUCUAUCUCGGCAAACGCAAUUUCGCACGACAGAGAAAAUAAACUUCGCGAAACGUCACGCGGCAGAUUUUUAAUGUCGCAUACUUCCUGGGAAAAUGAUAGCUGACACACUUUGGCACCUCUUGCGGAAAUAUGCGAGACGUUACUCAACCACGAAUUUAAGAAAUAAUAUUUGGCGUCUCUUUAAAUAUUUGCCGCGCGGCCGUUGUAGAUCUUCCGAGAACUCGUCGCACGUUAAAUAUCAACAUAUCUUAGACUUGCAAGAUUCAAAUUCCCCUUGUCAUUCAAGCCACGUAACCUUCCCGCAGGUAAAAUAGUAGUGCAUCCAACCUGAAACCUAAAUCCGCGGCGAACUCGUCGCUCAGGAUCAAGCAUUUCGACACGCUGUGCAUUGAAUGGAGAAAGAAAUUCUAUUCCCCGCCACUGUGUCACUUAGUCAAAUCACCUGCUUGCACGUACAAAGUAAUUGCUGCUGUGAUCUGACAUAAUAUUGAUGCCAACCGUACAAUUAAAAUUAACCGAUAACACCAAAACGGAUAAAAUACAUAUAUUGUAAAUCUUAUUCAACGUUAGUUCUCGUAAGAGAGAAUAGAUCGCAAGUAGCUGUAAAAUACGUCGCGACUCGAAGAGAUAAGUGUUUCGAACAUGUCGUAAAGACGUACAGUAGGCACGGUGUUCUUUCAGACGUGAUUUAAGACUCUGUUCAGGAAGCUACAAAUAAUCGAUACGUUAUUGUCCCGCAAGAAUACAAAAUUAUACCAAUUUAAUUAUAUAUAACUUUUGGUUUGAAAUUAUUAAACGGCUUAAAGAGUAUAAAAUAACCAUCCAAAUUGAAAAGACUGACUAUAAAAGGAAAAUAGUCGGUGAUCAUUUCUCUUACGGCAGAAAAAAAAAUUUUUCUUUUUUUGGCGCAACGGCCGUUGAAAAUUUUAAACUCGUGCCUUCCCUGCGCGAUUGGUAUUGUCAUCCGCGAUGCAAAACGCUGACAAUUCUAAUAAGUGAAACUACUUUCGACGUGUUUGUUCUUGCGAUAACCAGUCUAUAGUUAACGCCUGCUUGAAAAGAAGGGAAAAGUUGUCCGACAGAGAGUGGCUGCAUUUCCUUUCUCCUGCAUCGAGUGGAGGCAGGAUCUAUUGUAAUUAUUGACAUUCCUAACUAAAACAGCACGGUAAUCAGAAAAACCCAAUUCAUCCUCGAGACAUCCGACGCGAUCAAUGUCCCGCGCUCUAGGGUCUGUAUUUUGUGAACGUUAACAAAUUGUUUCUUCCUCCUUUUCUCCCCUCCCCCCGCUUCCCUCGAGAGAGACGCGCAUGCACACUGUCCAAUUAAUUGCGAUAGUUCUCAUCGCGCAAAUCUUAUUAAUUUUUUGUCUCGACGCUAACGAGAUGUUUCCACAGUAUGUGCCGUUUUCGUUCUUUAAAUUCGAGAAAGUUUAUAAUUUCUAGGACAGCAAUAGACUCUGGCGUCGUACGAAAAGUGAAAUGUUACAUACAGGGAUAUACCGGUCAUAUCGCGUAGCGCGUACCGUUCGCGGUAGAGGAGAGAUAAUAUCGAUCUGAUGAUUGGUUUCACUGCAGCCUUUUUAUUAUAUAUUAUAGUAUACUUGUGGCCAUUAAGUUUCGCUUUCUACGUAAACCGCAGAUGUAACGCGCGGACCGCCUGCGUGAUACCGCCAGGAAUCUCGGGUCCUAAUCCAGAAAACGAAUGUAAUCGUCCGAGCCGCAACAUCGGUGCGUCGCGUAGAGACAAUCAGGAAAAGGAGCUAAACGACAUACGGCUGUUAUUUCUCAAAAACAAAGUGAAAGCGAUUGUUUUUCCACUGAAGUUCUGCAAUCACCGUUUCCCUAAAUGGCACUUCCGCUAAUCAAAACGAAGAAAAUUAAUGAAGAGAGCGUAAUUGUAAUGAUAACCAUGAUAUUUAAACGUAGAAGCCGACUUCUUUUAUUAUCGUUUAUUGUGUUCCUUACGUACGCACAAGUUGAAGAACAACGACGAAUUAUUUUUAAAAAAAGAUACCGUACUUUAAGUAAUAAAAAACUAAUCAUAUAUAAUAAAUUAUAUUACAGCUUUUAAAAAUAUUUUGUCACUCCUGUAAAUUUAAAUUUGUGCUGCUUUUAGCUCCGCUGUCAUAAUUAUAAUGUAUUUGUUGGUCCCCUCAUUAUACUCAUAAAAGUUUAAUAGCUAUAUACAUUAUCCGAACGUAUGCAUUAUUCGAAUACAUAUUUUUCUGAACGUGACGUCCGUCGCGCAACCGAUCGUCGACUCGAUUGAUCGGCUGAAGAGAAUUCCCCGAGGGAGGCAACCGGCUGUAAAACGUUCGAUCAUAGUGAUACACGUAAGACGCAAACCGGUUGGAGGCUGAUCGGCGCACUUUCUUCGAUACCGUCGACUAUGAUCACCUCGCUUUCGAGGUCAAUGUCUAGGCCUGGUGUAUACGUACAUACACCUAGAGAGAGAGAGAGAGAGAUGCGAUUCCUUUUGCAUAGGCGCAACUUUCCUUCAUCGGAUUGAUAUACGGCACGCGAAAUUUUCUUAUACGUUUGGAGCGACGUGAAGAGCGCGGGGGAGGGGGGGAAAUGAUUCCAUUUUGUUAAUAAUUUUAUUCGUUUGUCGUUCACUUGAAGUAUUGACGGUGUCCAAAUAAGUGGCUCCUCCCCCUUGUGUUCCUGACUUAUUUAUUGGCACAUUUCACGAUUUCUCGACUGUGUCUUCACCGAUUAUUUUAAUUAUACGGCCGCAAAGAUCGAUUGCGUUGAAUACAUACGUAUUGCGGUGCCGCUUGUUUGUUGCAAUCUCGGAAAUGCAAACAGUCCCUUUGAUUCCACCCAGCCAACGGCGCGUGGGACCCGUGCGGAUUGCAAAUAACGGGAUUGACAUUUCUCUUUUAUUCGCGUUUGACGGAUGACAUAGCUCGUAUGCCAUUAUGACUUGACGUCUAAUUAUCUUUUCUAAUUGUACUUUCGUAAUGUAACUGCCUAAAUUGUGUUUUCGUAACGUGUCUAAUUGUGCUUUCGUAAUGUAAUUUCGCAUCAAGGAAUUAUAUUCAUUUAAAGAAAUUGCAUACUAAUUACUCGCGCCUACUCCUAUUUUCACAUUUGAUUUUCAUAUCUCUGAUUGUCGAUUUUAAUUGCCGUUCGAGAGGCCCGAAAACAAAGUGGUUUGAAAGCGAAGGUGUCGGGUAACAGAAAAACGAAACGACAUCGGGUUAUAAUUAUAACAGGGACAUUGCGAUUUAAUUGCCCUUUUUAUUUCCGUUGUUCUCGCUGAAACGAAUUAAUCGCGCGUGUCACAGAUGUACAAACGGAGUUUCACCUAACAGAACGCGGAUCGGCGAACCACGGACGGAACUGCGUCGAUCUCGUAACGCCGAGUGUUAGAUGUUUCUUUCGGCCACGGUGAUUUCUCCGUAUCCACGCAGCGCGGCCGGUAUCCCCCCGCGGUGCGUCUGACAAAUGAAGAAGAAGCGAAAGUAAAAGACCCCCUCGGACACGGUGAGCGUCCCCGCACGCGAUUUUACGGUGUUAAUGGCGUAAUACGCGCGGAGCGAUUGCACCUUUCGAGGAAUUCCACGCGAGGAAAAGCGCCGCGUGCCUCUUGCCUGUUACUCAAAAAUAAACAAGGUACACCUUCCGCUAAGAGUCCAGUGGGAAAAACGCGGAUUUCGAUUAAACCGGAUUUAAAAGUCGAAUAAAAAAGAAAAACAAGCGGGGUCUUUAUACGAAUUGGAGGGAAACGACGCCUUGGGUCCUCGGAUGUGGGUGGACGCGAGCGUGGCGGUUUCGAUCCCAGCUGCUAACAUCGGGCCGCGGCUGAAUCGCGGCGAUUCGCGGUGCGAUGCUUUCUACUGUCACAUGUCACAUGACUAAGUGCGCGAUUGACCGCGUUCGAACGCGGUCUCGUCGUCGUCGUCGCCGUCGUCGUCGUUGUUGUCUCGUUAAAUGCCGCGGGAUGACGCGAUUGGCCGCGCUCGAAACCGGCCUCGCGCCUCUUCCCGCGAUUCGUCAAACAGCAUAUUAAACAAGAAAAUUGGUGUUUAUGCGAAUUACUGAACGCGCGGCCUCAAUCGAGCCGCCGGCCGCUCGCAAUUCUUUUGUUCGAAAUCGUCGAUCAUCGCGGUUCCUCCCUCCCGCGCGCGCGCGCGCGCGCUGCAACGCUCCGCAAUCCGCGCCGAACGAUUGUCAUUAGCCCCGCUCGUCGGCCGACCGGCUAAAACGUUGUACGACUCCUCGUCUCGCAUUAAUCAGAUUAGGAAUGGCAACGCGCAAUUAAUUUAGCAACCCUGCGGACCCGCGGAAAUUUCGCGAUCAUUAUUCUUUUCCCAGUGAGAAACGACCCAUCGAAUCGACGUCGAUUCGACGUCGAAGUCAUCGAUAUUUCAUCGAAUCGAAAUAGCACUCGAAAUGACAGUGGGUUUCGAUGAGUUUUUUAAUAUAAAGGUUUUUGAAGAUACACAUUAUUUACAAUAAGCAUUUGGUAUUAGGACGUUAAAUAAGUAAGUUUGACACUUUUUUUUCUAAGACAUCGAAAUUUUAUCGAUUCGUUAUCGUUUCGAUGCUAGUCAUCGAAACCGUGACCACAAUCGAAUCGAAAUCGAUGAGCACUUCGAUCGGUUCUCGAUGGACAAUUCGACGUCAAAUCGACGUCGGUCGAGAAUUUUUUCCUCCGCCUUCUCUGGAAUCGCGCGAAUCGGGCACGUAACGCGGCGGUAAUGAGUCGAUGACCGAGAUAUUAGAAGUAAGACACACACAAGUGACGAAAAGGGGAUAUAAGUCGGUCGAUAGAGCGUAAACUAUAGCUGCGUAACGAGUCAUUCGCGUAAAGCGGGUGACGGGUGACAAUUGCGGCAUAGUCUUUACGUGCAGUUACCGUUUGACAACCGCGAGGAGUUGCGCGUUGCGAUUUAAUUGACACAAAUCGAACGGACGAAUUUAGCCCAGCGGCCUCGAAGUCACACGGGGCGAGAGUAGCGUAAAAUGGAUUUCGUCGUCCGCGCGAAAACACUUUCUCCGCGGGGCCGCGCCGUAAAAUGGGUGGGCGACAGCAAUUAAAACUCGAGCGAGUAUCGCGAGUAUGGCGGUUUACAAGGAGAAGCCCAGUCCCGAAAGAGUAUUAUUAAACCGAUCAAUUCCACGCAACGCGAAAGCACCAUUUCCACGAAGGAGCGGUUAUAUGUACCACUUUGUUCAGCGAAGAUGCCAACAAUUGCACCAUGACGUCGAGGCUAAUUCUGCCAGAUUAUGUCAAAGAAAUUAGACCGUCGUCGGAUGCGCCUGUAGUGGUGAACUUCAACAUUUUAGUGGUCGACAUUAACUCUAUCAACGUUGAAGAUAUGGAUUUUCGUGUAGACAUGUUCGUCAGUCAAAGUUGGAUAGAAUCUCGGCUUAAUACACCUCAAGAUAUUUUCGAGGAGGACGACGAUUAUGUCAUACUUCCCUCCGAAUUUUUGGAUAAACUUUGGCAACCAGAUCCGUAUUUUUUAAAUUCGAAGGUUUCCGAGAUCGCGACUUUAAGCCAUAAAUUUUCAUUGGUUACACUAUAUCGAAAUAAAACUAUUAAAUAUUCUGCACGAAUUAAUGCUAUUGUCGCCUGUCAAAUGGAAUUUCGAUUGUACCCGAUGGAUAUUCAAAUCUGCCCAAUUUAUAUAGAGAGCUUUUCCUAUAACAGAAAAAAGUUGCGUUUAAAAUGGGGCACGGACGGUGUUACGGUAAAUCCUGAAUUAAAGCUUCUGCAAUACGACUUUGGAAAGCCCGUGGUACUCGAAGAAACUAUAGAUUAUAUGCACGAGAAAAAUGGAAAUUUUUCGCGACUGGUAGUCUUCUUUCGCUUCGAGAGGCAGAUCGGUCAUCAUUUGAUACAAACGUUUGCACCGUCGACUCUGGUGGUGAUGCUCUCCUGGUUCAGCUUCUGGCUGGAUCUGGACGCGAUUCCUGGUCGAGUGGCUCUUCUGGUGACGAGUAUGCUUACACUGGUGACGAUGUUCACUGGACUUAAGAGCGAUAUUCCGCCAGUGGCAUAUAUCAAAGCACUGGACGUCUGGAUGGCUGGCUGUAUGAUGUUUGUGUUCGCAGCUUUGGGCGAAUUCGUCGUAGUCAAGGUACUCGACUUGCGACACAUAAAAAAUGAUUCGCAUAGUUCCAUGGAAUUUCACUCGUUCUCGCAAUUAAUGACGAUGGUAAAGAAAGAAAGCAUUUGGAACGACGAAUUCGUUCAUGCAAACAUACCGAAGAAUAAGCCUACCAAUAAACAUCUACUACCAACUCUGUGGCAAGAUCCCGAAUGCCAGAUACAGCAAACACACAAAACACGUUCUCAAAAAAUAGAUUGCUAUAGCAGAAUUGUGUUUCCUAUUAUCUUUCUGCUUUUUGUCGUUCUAUAUUGGCCGAUAAUAUUGCUUAAAAGCGCUGAAACAAAAUAAUAUAAAUUCUUUUGAACCUUUUAACUAGUAUUUUAUACAUAUAAGUAAUCGACAUUUCUCACAUUUGAAAUUUGAGCAAGUUAAAGCUAUCAUCGAUUAGUAUUUUAAAAUAUAUCACAAGUUUGCGUGCAAUAGAGAAAUAUA